AUGGCUGGUUCACAAAUUCCAGCGGUCAACGUCGCUGGAAACGAGGACAUGGCAAGCAGCAAAAGAUUUGGAGAAAUAGAAGAAGAAAUAGAUGACAUGGAGAGGGCUUUCCAGAAGUUCGAGAACUUUGAAAUCCUCGACCACGCCCCAUCGGAUCACUCUUUCCUUUCCAACAGAAUUUUGAACAAGUUGGGCGCCAGAAGAAGCGCUCUGAUCCAGAGUAUGAAGCUAGAAUGGGAGGAUUUGAAGCUGUGUCUCGCCAAGUCAUCCAUUUACGUGAGAGCAUACAAGCAGAGGCCUGAUCUCAUGCGAGCCGUUCUGGUAGGCCCUGAGGGAACCCCUUAUCACCACGCUUUGUUCUGCUUUGACAUUCGCUUCCCUUCUACUUAUCCCACUCAACCCCCUGACUUGUUCUAUCGCUCUUAUGACCAUCCUUCCAAUCCCACCUCCCACACUAAGGGAAACUUAAAGGGUUUCUUGAACCUCAAAAUUAAAUCUUGUUCCACUCCAAUAACAGUAUUGCAGUUGCUUACUCUCAUCCAACACUCCUUCCUUACUAACAAACCCAAUAAGACUCUGCGUCUUCCUGGAGGAGGACCUAACACGAGAGUAAUGAAACAGACCUGUGAGGCUAUGCUUUGCAUGUUGAAGUCACCGCCUCAGGAUUUUGAAGUGUUUGUCCAAGGAUACUUUCGAACCAGGGCACAUCAGAUUCUCAUGAACUUCAAAUUCCGUAUAGGUCUUGAUGAAACAACCAUGGGACUGUUCUCCAGACUCGUUAGAGCAUUUGAAGCCAAUGGAACUUAUUGUCAACAUCACUAUAAUAAGGAUUCUUUUGACCUAGCGCUUGUCAAAGAGAUGCGUCCUCGGCAGAAAUCUGCCAACCCUAUCAGGAAACUGUCAACUAUAUUGCAGGCUACGUUUUUAUGA